CAUAGAAGAGGGCGCGGAGCAGCUGAGGCGGUGCUUGAGUUGACAGGAGGAUCCGCUCACUCAGUCACUGCUCUGCAUUAGUUCACUGCUUCCACUUCGCCGAACUGCUGCUGCCUCCAUUUAAAGUUAACGGCCACUUGUGAAAGCAGGAUUUUUCACCGGUUGUUGAACCGCACCACGACAGAGAAGGUAGGCGCCAUGUCCACCCCCACAAACCCAGAGGUAAAGGAACUGAACCCUGUUGACUUUAUCCAGCUCCAGCAGUACAUUGAAUACUGCAGCUUGAAGGUGAAGGACGUGCUGAGGGAAUUUGAUGCAGAUGGCCGUCUGGCCCGGCACAGACAUGGAGAGUGCAUCAAUGAAGAAGGCUUUCGUCUGUUCCUCAAGACUUAUUUAGAAGUGGAGGACUUCCCUGCGGAUCUCUGCCAGCGACUCUUCCGCUCCUUCCAAAACUCUGAACCCACCCAGGAAGACAGUGCCAGUGAGAUUAUACACCAUGUAUUAACACAACUCACUGCCUCCAUGCUACUUUGCAGCGUGCCCAUAUCAAUUUACGCCGUGGCCUAUUUGGCACGGGUUCAUUUCUCACCACAAGCCUGUGAGGUGCUGUUUGUGCAGAUAUGGUUCACAGCCAUCCUUCUUUCUCUCUCUCUCUCCUCUGUCUCUCCUGUAGAGGAGGUCUUUCUGAAGGAUGUUUCAUGUUACUUCUCUCUGCUGGAGGAUGGCCAGCCUCGGGACAAGCUGGAGUUUGCUUUCAAGCUCUAUGACAGAGACGGCAACGGAGUCCUCGACAGCUCUGAAGUGGAUCGGAUUAUUGCUCAGAUGAUGCAUGCUGCAGAAUACCUCGGAUGGGAUGUGUCAGAGCUGAGGCCGGUUCUGAAGGACAUGAUGACAGCAAUUGAUGCUGACAGCAGUGGUACAGUGUCUCUGGAGGAGUGGGUGGAGGGAGGCAUGAACAAUGUUCCCUUGCUGGUCUUGUUGGGUCUUAAGAUGACUCAGAAGGACGGGCAGCACCUUUGGAGGAUGAAGCAUUUCAAUAAGCCCGUUUACUGCAACGUGUGUCAAAGCAUGCUGCUGGGUCUGAGGAAACAAGGACUCUGCUGCACCUGCUGCAAAUACACAGUCCACGGCCGCUGUGCUAACAGGAACCCAGGCCCCUGUACCAGGACGUAUGUGAAGUCAAAGAAAGAAACAGGGGUUCCAGCACACGACUGGGUGAGUGGGAACUGUGACUCAAGGAAGUGUGAAAAAUGCCAGAAGAAGAUCAAGAGCUAUCAAGGCUUAACGGGCAAACACUGUGUGUGGUGCCACACGAUGCGUCAUGAUGCAUGUGCAGACCAGGACCCAACAGAGUGUACCUGUGGGCCCCUCAGAGACCAUAUCCUGCCUCCAUGGGCAAUAUAUCCUGUUGUAAAGGAGAGACCAAACAAUGGCUGCUCAGGGUCAACAGAUGACAGCGAGCUCAAUACUACUCCUGAUGGACAAGUGCUUCAGAUCAGCCCUGUGCCAAACACCCAUCCUCUUCUAGUGUUUGUCAACCCUAAAAGUGGUGGCAAGCAGGGAGAAAGAGUCCUGCAUAAAUUUCAGUAUUUACUGAAUCCACGGCAAGUACACAACCUGUGCAAUGGCGGACCUGGACCAGGACUGAGUUUCUUCAGAAAUCUGCAGGAUUACAGGAUCCUGGUGUGCGGGGGAGACGGCACAGUUGGCUGGAUUCUAGACGCAAUAGACAAAGUCAAUCUGCUGGUACGACCACCUGUCGCUGUGCUUCCUCUUGGCACAGGAAAUGACCUCGCGCGAUGUCUGCGAUGGGGCGGAGGAUAUGAUGGUGAGGAUCUGAGUCGUAUUCUUAAAGACAUCGAGGGGAGCUCUCAGGUGCUGAUGGACCGCUGGAGUGUGCAGGUCAUCCCAGAUGAGAAUCAGGAGAAGGGCGACCCAGUGCCCUAUGAAAUCAUCAACAACUACUUCUCUAUUGGAGUGGAUGCCUCCAUCGCCCACCGGUUUCACACAAUGAGGGAGAAACAUCCCCAGAAAUUUAACAGCAGAAUGAAGAACAAGCUGUGGUAUUUUGAAUUUGCCACUUCAGAAACCAUCUCCGCUUCCUGCAAGAAACUGAACGAAAGUCUAACAAUCGAGUGCUCUGGUACUCCACUGGACCUCAGUAGCCUGUCUCUAGAAGGGGUUGCUGUCCUAAACAUUCCCAGCAUGCACGGUGGCUCCAACCUAUGGGGUGAGACCAAAAAAGGGGACACGAAGGGAAUGACGAGUCAGGAAGAGCCCGAGGUGAUUGUCGACCCAGAAAUCCUGAAAGUGACCUCACAAGAUCUCAGUGACCGUCGAUUAGAAGUGGUCGGCCUUGAAGGAGCCAUGGAGAUGGGACGGAUAUACACGGGUCUUACGAGUGCUGUGAGGCUUGCAAAAACGUCACAGAUCACCAUCAGGGUGAAGAAAGCCUUACCGAUGCAGAUAGAUGGAGAGCCGUGGAUGCAGCCUCCCUGCACGAUUCACAUCACACACAAGAAUCAAGCCAGUAUGUUGAUGGCUCCUCAGGCCAAAUCAUCUGGUUUUUUCAACUACAAAUAAACUGCUCAGAAGCAGCCACGUUUUUUUGUAAAUAGAGGACUUACACUUUUAAAAAUGUUUUGAAUGUGUAUGUUGUAGAAUAAUCGCACCGCAACAGUCAAAGUUAGGAUAACUGCAUCUCUGUAACACAUAACCAAAGCAUGGCACUGUAUGAAUACAAAUGUAUGCAUCGUGGCAAAAUUAUUUUCACCAAAUGUACUCCGUGUUUUUAUCAAUACCCAACUCUCUUGCUGCUUCUGUCUCAGUGCUUCACAGUUAGUGGAAAUGCUGCUCUGUAGGAACUUAAUGUAACAUUUAAAGCAAAGUGAAUAUCACGCUAAAGGAAGAAUAUUCAGCUUCAUGUGCCUUUACAAUCUGUUCUCUGUGGUUAUGGCUUUGGUAGAAGACUUUACAGAGCUCGAUGUGUAGACGUGCACUUUGGGCAUAAUCCAUGUAGUAUUGCUGUUGUCCUUGUGGCUGUAAAGAUGCUGUGAAAUGACUGUAGUUACUUCACCUUUUGUUUUAGUACAUUUCAGAAGAUACUUGAAAGUAUUUUUGGGAACAGUAAUGGGAGAAUCAUUACCAAAAGAGGGACUCAUGUAUAUCCAUUGCAGCAGUCAGCCCACGUAACUGUUCCUGUGCGUGUGUGAGUAUGUUUGUGUGGAAGAAAGCUGAGAUAUGUUCACUUCCAACUUGUCUUAUUUAAAUGCUUAAUUAGUCAUAUCAUUUCAAUAUAUCUGGAAGAUAUUUAUGUAAUAUGCCUGAAAUAACACACUGUGUAGAGUUUAAUAAAUCAUCUGGACUUCA